UCAAUGGUGCGUUUGUUUACAUUCACAAAAGUUGCAGUUUCUGCUGUAAGUAAUAUAUACACGUCUAGCAAGGAUGUCGGACAGCGAUUACGAGCGUUUCGAGAUAACGGACUACGAUCUGGACAAUGAGUUCAACAUCAAUCGACCCCGUGGCCGCCAAAGCAGGCACCAACAGAUCUACGGUAUUUGGGCGGAUGACAGCGAGGAGGAGAGUGGUGGCGAGGGCGGAACUAAGCGAAGGGGGCGCGCCGCCCGCAAACCCAAAGACUACACCAUGCCCGUCAAUUUUGUGGCCGGCGGCAUUCAGCAGUCGGGAAAAAAGAAGAAGAAGGCGCUCCAAGCCGAUGAUGAGAAGGGAUCGCAAAAAGAAGGAGCAGAUGCGGACCAGGGCGAGCAGAGCGACGACUCCGACGCCAGCGGACGGCCAGCCUUUGGCCGAAACGUCCCGGUCAGCUCCAACAGCUCAUCAGAAGAGGAGAGGCCUACACUGGGCCGGAAACAGCCAAGCACCACAUUUCAGCAUCGCUCCCACAUCGCCAGCGAGCGCAACGUGGGCGCCUGGGAGCAGCAUACACGCGGCAUUGGAGCUAAGCUGCUCCUCCAAAUGGGCUAUGAGCCUGGUAAGGGUCUGGGCAAAGACCUGCAGGGCAUUUCGCAGCCGGUGCAAGCCCACGUCCGCAAGGGCAGAGGUGCUAUCGGCGCCUAUGGACCCGAAACUGCGGCAAGCAUCGGAGGAAAGACGAACAAGAGCAUCAAGGUGGAUGAGGAUGUGCGCGAGGCGAAAGAGUUUAAGGACCAGCUGAACAAGUGGCGAAAGGGCUCAGCCGGUGGCGCCGAACCAAUGGAGCGGCAGGGCAAGCGCUACUACUACAAGUCCGUGGAGGAGGUGAUUGCCAAGGGCCACACGUCCAGCCACCUUCUGUCGGAGAAGCUGAGCAAGAAACUGGGCAAUGUGCGGGUGAUCGAUAUGACAGGCCCAGAGCGACGAGUGCUGAGCGGCUAUCAUGCCUUGGGACAGGCUAAAAUUACGCCAGAGGAGACGCUCUACGACACGGAGGCGACGGAAAAGGGAUCCGCUCCCGCCUGCGUGUUUGCCAUGCCCGAGCUGACGCACAACCUGCAGCUCUUGGUUAGCCAGUGUGAGCAGCAGAUCAUCGCCAUCGACAACCAGGAACGCGAGUGUUCCAGCCAGCAGGCAGCGCUGGAGAGCGAGCACCGGAAGUUGGAGGAGAUUGUCCAGCUAGAACAAAACCAUAUACGCACGCUGGAGGAAUCGUUGGAGCGCGUGGAGCGGUUAAGCGAUAAUCCAGACUUGAGUUUACCUCAGGCGGAACGACUCUUUCGGGAGCUGCUCGUGGACUACGCUGCCGAAUUCCAAGAGUUUGGACUUGCAGAUCUGGCUGCCGGUGUGAUAGCGCCGCUCCUGAAGAGAGAACUAGUUCAGUGGCAGCCAUUGGUACACCCAUCGGAACCGCUGCCACUCAUCAAGAAAUGGCGCGGCAUGCUCCAGCAAGGAGAUGCAGCAGAGCAGCAGCCCCGCAACGUCUUCGAUCCGUACUCCUCGCUCAUCUGGGCCGGCGUGAUGCCUUCGUUUCGGGCCAGCGCUGCCGCAUGGGAACCGAAGGAGCAUCCGCCAAUGGCUGCACUCCUAGAUGCCUGGGCACCCCUGCUGCCUAGCUGGGUCUUGGAUUCGGUUCUCGAGCAACUGGUUCUGCCACGACUGGUGGCUGGUGUCCAGGAGUGGGAUCCGCUCACCGACACCGUUCCGAUCGACAGUUGGGUGCUGCCGUGGCACGCCAUCUUGGGCAGCAAGCUGGAGGAGGCCGUCUAUCCUCAGAUCCGCAGCAAAUUGGGCAUGGCAUUGCGCGCCUGGUCACCGCAAGACCGCUCAGCCAGGGCCAUGCUUACGCCCUGGCAGAAAGCCUUCCCCGAGGAAGAGAUGCAAGAGUUCCUGCAGCGGUACAUAGUGCCCAAACUGCAGGCGACUCUAGGCGAGCUCAUCAUCAAUCCACUGCACCAGGACCUGGAGCUGUGGCACCAGGUGUGGGAGUGGCACGAGCUCAUCGAUCCCAUGUACAUGGCCCAACUACUGGACAGACACUUCUUCCCGCGCUGGAUGCAGGUGCUCGUCGUCUGGCUGAAUCAGUCGCCGGAUUACGCGGAGAUCUCCCGAUGGUACACCGGCUGGAAGAGCAUGUUGAGCGAACCGCUUCUGCGCGAGCCCAGCGUUAAGGAGCAUCUGCGGCGAGCCCUGGAAAUUAUGCACAGAGCCAGCGAUGCCCUGCUGCAGCCCACGGUGACGCCCACGCCCCCGCCUCCAGUUCCUCCGGCUCCAGUCAUAAUGAUGGACCUGAUUCAUCCGCCCGCCCAGCUGGAGUUCAAAGAGCUAGUGUCGCAGCAAUGCGCUGACUUGGGAAUCAUCUUCGCUCCUCUGCCUGGACGACGUGAGAUGGGCAAACAGAUUUAUCGCGUGGGAAAGCUCUUCUGCUACAUCGAUCGUCACGUCUGCAUGGUCAGCGAUGGCAGCUUCAGCAACUGGAAGCCGGUGUCGCUGAAUCAUCUGCUAGAACGCUCUCAAACGGGAAUUCUUUAAAGAAAUAGCUGCGAAAAUGUAUGAUAGGUUUAAUUGGAUUGGAUCAGAAGUUUCACUCUUGUUCCCUACAAAGUUUGUAAUAUAAGUUGAUUGUAUGAUGAGAUGGAUCUGCAGAUAAAGGCAAAUGUCUAAAUA